AUGAGGCUGGUCCUCCUUGUGUGCCAGCUUGGCCUCAUUCUGAGGACCAAGGCCCAGAUACCAGAGCUCUGCAUUCUUAGUGAAACAAACAGAGCCCCAGGUGUGAAUCUUGCAAUAAGAGACAACAAUGGUAGUUUCAUCAGCACACUGAGUAUGCAGCUGUACAAAGAUCAAGGGUACCAAGAUAUACUUACUAUCCCACAAACAGGACUCAACCUGAAGACCAAGAUUUAUGUUGCAGUUAAGGCUACCAAUCUGACAGACAGGUUCAACGUGCUGCUCGACAGAUGCUACGCUACCACAACUCCAAAUCCCAUGUCUGACCACUAUUAUGACCUUUUUAUAGGGUGUGCAAGGGACGGACAAACUAAGGUGGAGCUCAACGGGAUGUCUCAGAAGGCAACAUUCUCCUUUGAGGCCUUCAGAUUUGUGGAGCACAAAAAUCAGACGGUUUCCACAUUCUACCUGCACUGUGUUACCAGACUCUGUGAAGUGUCCUUGUGUAGUGGAAUAAUGCCUAACUGUGGAAGUUCCCCAAGCAGGAGAAAGAGAGAAGCUGAGGAUGUGUCAGCCAACGCUACAGUCUCCUCGACUGCCAUUCUUGUGGGAAAGCAGAGCACUGGAGACCCUCAGACUUUAUCGGCUGCUCCUGCUACGUCACUUGAGGCCAACUACAGCAGCCCUGUGGUGGCUGUAAUUGUCUGCAUCGUCAUCCUAGCUAUUCUCCUCAUCGCCAUGGCUGUUUACUUUGCGUUGUACAUCAAACGGAGAAAACCAAUGAUUCAGUAA